UUGAAGACAUCGAUCCCAUACUUCAACUUGACUCAGAAAAAUGGCAUCCAUUUUCCUCAAAUUCACUGCCAUUCUCUGUUUCAUUUUCCCCUUUCUCCUUCUAUCAUCAACGUCGAAAGCUGAUCAAAACUCUGCUUUUCUCUACGACGAUGAAUCUGAAGACAUCAAUGACGAUGAAUAUUACACUCUUGAUACUCCGUUUUCUAAUUUGAGGACCAAGUACCCCGUAACCAAAAUCAGGAAGGGAGCGAGCUGUGACGCGCAAAGCAACAAUAUUUGCGAUGGGGUGUCAGCGAAUAACGGGACAAGCAUGCUUUAUUGCUGCAAGAAGCAUUGUCGAAAUAUACUUGGUGACAUGAACAAUUGCGGACAAUGUCAGAAGAAAUGUAAGUUUGGACAACGUUGUUGUGGUGGUGUUUGUACUGAUGUGGUCUAUAAUCCUCUGCAUUGUGGAAAAUGUAACAAAGCUUGCUUGCCUGGGGUUAAAUGUGAUUUUGGAUAUUGCGGUUAUGCUUAAUUAGGAAUACUAUAUAUUAUUCAAAAUAAGUAUAACGGGUUGAGUCCAUAUAGUACUAUACAUCAUUACUAUUGAGGUUUUUUCUUUUUUGUUGUCCUGUUUUUGUUGCUUUUUUUGCAUAUAGGAGGAGGACAAGUUUUUGUACGUAACAUUCAACUAA